CAGGUCCUUAUUUCUAUAUUUCUGACUAAAUAAAGUGAUAAUUUUUUAAUUAUCACAGAAAAAUUAUUAUUUCAAUGGAGGAUAUUUGGGAACAGUAUUGUGCGCUGUGCGUCAAUACCAUAAGCGAUGGGAAUUUUAAAGAAAUACAAGUCGUUACCAGAGAUAUUUUACAGGUUAUUUUGCUGGAAGUGAAUUUUGACGGCAGAAGUAAACGAGUAAUGUGUAACAUUUGUUCAUUAGCCGUCAUGGAAGCAUUCAAAUUCAAAUCAAUGUGUCUCUAUACUGAUUACACCAUAAUUCCUUAUGUCCAUGACAAAACAAGAUAUUCUGUUAGCUUAAUGGAGAUUUACACAAAGGAAAAAGGAAUUGAACAAUCAAUUAACACAAUGAAGGAGCAGAAAGUAUGUCGACUAUGUUUUCAGCUAAUAAGGGCCGAAUUUAUCUCGGUACAUGACGUAAAUAUUGAUAUGAUCGAGUGUUAUAUUCCAGAAAUAAAUUUCAGUGUCACCGAAGAUCCUGUUAUUUGUAGACACUGUUUCGAUUCCUUCGACAUCCACAGUUCUUUUGUAAGGAGAUGUUCGGAAGUAGAGAAAAAAUUUAAAAGUAUUCAGCCAUCAUUAAUUUCAAGCAUUAAGACUGAUAUCAAAAUAAAAUCUGAAGCAAGUGAUCAGGAAGAGGAGUUGAGCAAAAUUGAGUCUACUGUAAUGGAAAUUGAAAAAGAAGAAAUGUCUAUUAAAGCUGAGUCUAUCGAAAUAAAAACGGAAGAAAAUGACGAAGAGAGUGAUGUACCUGAUUAUGAAUCAGAACAGGAAGGUAUUUCCGAAGUAGACAAAAUCAAAUAUGAACCUAAGGGGCAUAUGUUGAAAAGGUUAAAGGUAGCAUUGAAAAAAAUACAUAUAUGUGAAAAUUGCGACUAUAAGACUGUAUUUAAGAACAACUUUGCAAAUCAUCAGCUGAUACACGAAAAUGUUCUCAAAACAAAAAAGGAAAGAUGUGGUACCAGUUAUGAACCGAAGAAGAUACCUCUUUUAAGCCAUAACUUACAUGACAAAAAUUCUUCCGGAGUGAACAGGUUUAAAUGUAUUUAUUGCAAUUAUAAAGCAAAAGGGAGGGGUGUCCUGCGGGAACAUUACAUAACCAGUCACGAAGAGAAUUUGCUAGACCCCAAGGAAAAUUCAAAAAUAAAACAAAUGCUUAAUCUCAGAUAUCCCUUAUCUGUGAAAAUACAUAAAUGUGAUAGAUGUCCCUAUACAGGUAUAAACAAGAAGAGACUUCUAAACCACCAGUGCAAGUUGCCCCUGCCCCACCAAGUGAUGCACGAGAACCCCUCAAAUAUGGAAAUGUACAAGUGUCACAACUGCAAUUAUGAAACCAAAUAUAAGAACCACCUUACAAAGCACCAGUUAAAACACAAAAAUCCGGAGCAAGUACAAAUGCACAAAUGCAUUUACUGCAAUUAUGAAUCAAAAUGUAAGAGAGGUUUGAGGCCCCAUCUAUUAAAUAUUCAUGCAGACGUCUUAUAUGACCCCAAGGAGAAUUUGAGGGUUCAGGGUAUACUGAAUUUCAGGAAGCCAAUUUCACUAAAGACGUACGAGUGUGAUAAAUGCAUCUAUGAAACACUAAACAGGUGCCUCUUCACCGCCCACCAGUUAACACACAGGGACCGAUCACACAUCAGAAUGUACAAGUGUGAUGUGUGUGAUUUUGAAACCAAAUAUAAGAAAAGUCUUGACGGCCACAAAAUGACACAUGCCGAGGAGCUAAAUUUCAAGUGCCACAUCUGCAGUUACGCGACCAAGCAAAAAAAACAACUUGCCCGCCACAAGUUAACACACUUAAACAUUGCCGAAGUGCAAAUGUACAAGUGUCACAACUGCGAUUAUGAAAGCAAGUAUAAGGGCCACCUUGCAAGGCACCAAUUAAAACACCAAAAUCUGGAACAAGUACAGAUGCACAAAUGCAUUUACUGCAGUUAUGAAUCAAAAUAUAAAGAAAGUUUGGGGUUGCAUAUGGAAUUUAAGCACAGAGACAAGUUGCUCGACCCCGAAGAGAAUUUAAAGGCAACGCGUAUGCUGAAUCGCAAAAAAAUAUUUUCGUUUGAAUCAUACAAAUGUGGCAAAUGCUACUUUGAAACCCCACACAGAAGAAUCUUCAAUCGCCAUCUUUUGACUCACAAGGAUCGAUCGCAGGUGCGAAUGUACAUGUGCAAUGAAUGUGGUUAUGAAAGCAAGCGUAAGGAUAGUCUCACUAAACACAAAUUGAGACACAAAAGUCCAGCCAAGGUGCAAUUAUACAAAUGUGACACUUGCAACUAUGCAGCCAAGAGGAAAAGUGCCCUUAAACGGCACCAGUUAACCCACAAUAAUAACGUUGAAGUGCAAAUGUACAAAUGUCGGACAUGUAACUACAAAUCCAAAUUUAAGAGUAGCCUUGAAAUUCACCAAUUACAGCAUAAAAGCCAUUCCAAAGAGAAAAUGUACACAUGUGAUAUGUGUGAUUAUGAAACCAAAUACAGGAUUUGUCUUAUUAACCACAAACUGAUGCACAAAAAUCAAUCUGAGGUGCAAAUGUACAAGUGA